AUGUGUGUGUGUGUGUGUGUUCCCCCUUUCCGAUUUUGUGUUAAACCCUUCGAGCUGUUUGGACGUGUCAGACAAACGUUCCGCUCGCUUAUUCCAUCGGUCUUCGUGAUCCCAUUUUCCUUUUUUUUUUUUGGGGGGGGACCAGUACGCGUGUGCGUUUACGCUAAAUCACAUUGGUUUUCCUUGGGUUUGAUCUUCUUUUCCUUCUUCCCUUCUGUCCCAUUUUUUUCUUUUUGGUUUAUCGUAUUGUACUUAUGUGUUUGUGUGUGCCUACUACAAACGUAUGCGUGCGUCUCUCUCUCUCUCUCUCUCUGUGGGUUGUGUGUUUCCGUGUUCAACAUGUACUUCUUUUUCACCCCAUUAUUCGUGCAUCUGCGUGUCAAUUCUGUAUUUUACCUUUCCUUCUUUCACUUUCUUACUUCUUUUCUCUCUCCAUCUCCCUGCCCAUUUUCAUGUAUUCAUGCGCGUGGUAUAAAAUGUACACAUGUGCAUAUAUGCACAAACAAUGACAAUACGAAAACAAAUGAUGUAGUGGGACUGGUACCCACAUCAUCCUCCCCUCGAACUUUUUCAAAAAACCAGAGGUUGAAACGGUUGUGUGGGUUCAGCGCGCGUGAGUGGGAAGGUAAACUGUAA